AUGUCGACUCAACAGGCAUCAGUAAAAACAACUGUCGUUAAAACGACUACUUCAACGACGAAAAAGACAGCUGGUGUUGUUGGUGAAAAAAAGAAAAUAAAUUCUCAUCAAAAUCAACGUUUAGGUACAAUUGGUUUGAUGAAAUUUUCUCGUGGACGUAUGUUUCAUCGUCGUGCUAUUUGGCGUAUCGGAAAAUGGAAGGAAGAACAAACAAAAUUAAAAGAAACACAAAAAAAGACAAAGUCAUCUUCGUCAAAACGUAAAGAACCAGCACUGAAAAAGAAACCAAUUGGUGGAGAUAGAAAUGGAAAAGACCGUCUUGUUCGUACAAAGCGUUUCCCACGAUUUUAUCCAACAGAAGAACGCCCAAAAAAAUUUCGUAUUAAACGUAAAAAAUUCAGUCAACAUACACGAAGAUUUCGUCCAACUUUAACACCGGGCACAAUCGUGAUUAUGGUAGCUGGCAGACAUGCUGGAAAACGAGCCGUUAUUGUCAAACAGUUAAAAUCUGGAUUGUUACUUCUUACAGGUCCACAUAAAUUCAAUGGUAUACCGUUACGUCGAAUGAAUCAAAUGUAUGUUAUUGGAACAAGUACAAAACUUGAUUUGACAAACGCAAAAUUAGAUAAUGUGGACGAUAAACUUUUUAAACGCGCAAAGAAACAGAAGAAAAAUGCUGAAAGUGAUAUAUUCAAUGCCAAGAAAGAAAAAUUUCAAUUAACUGAUGAACGUCGUCAAACACAACGAGAAGUAGAUGAUAUUGUCAUAAAAGCAGUCAAAGCACAUCCGGAUAGAAGACUGUUACGUCGUUAUUUGAAAACACAAUUUCAAUUCAGUGCCGUGCCUGAGGGAGAGUUGAGAGAUAUGCAUUUUAUUAAACAAAUUCAAUCGUCUAAGAAGUUGAAAAGUCUGAUCCACCAACCUCAACAACAAUCAUCAUUGUCCGAAUCAUCAACAUCGAUUAAUAUGAUGAAGUUUGAUCGUGGCUUAGUGAAGCGUUCGCUUUUAUAUUCACUCGAACGUGGCUAUUUUUCAUUUGUACGAUAUCUACUUGAGUCUGGUGUGGAUUCAAACGAGCGUGAUUUGGAAGAUCGAACACCAUUGAUGUAUUGUUGUUUUAUUGAUGACAAUACAUGGUCAUUGAACAUUGCAUUAUCGUUGUUAGAAUUUGGUGCAAAAAUUCAGUAUUAUGAUAAACGUGGUUUAAACUCAUUGAUGUAUGCAAUAAUUAACCAGCGUACAAUAUUAGUACAUCAGUUUUUAUCAUCGUUAGAUUUUGAUCUUAAUCAAGCGACCGAUAUUUACGGAAAUACAAGUUUGCAUUAUGCUUGCUACAUCGGAAAUGUUGAGAUUGUUCGAUUAGUGGUAGCGUGUAUGAAACGUUAUUCGAUAGAUAUAACAAAGAAGAAUAGUCAUGGUGCAUCAGCGUACGAUGUAGCUUGUUCAUUCCAUAAUAAUCGUUGUAAAAAUUUAGUGAGGAACGAAAUGGCAUUAGACCAACGAUGUAAUAACACUAAGAGUAACCACAAUAAUCAAAAUUAUUAUCAGAGUAUUACUAUCACACCGAUAAUUACUUCUCAACGACGUGUGUCAACACCGGGUCGAAUCCAUUCAGCUGCAUCAUCACACAAUGGAUCAGCAUUAUCAGUACCGUCUUAUGUCCUCAGUUCAUGGAAUAUACGAAAAAAACGACGAAGUAUAGUGUUAAAUGAGAAUAAUGUGUUAUUUCCAACCUUAUUUGUUAAGCCUACUGAUUCUCAGUCAACUACGUUGAAAAGGAAUGACGUUUUAGAUAAAAACCUCACCAAACAAGUCAAAAAUCGUCAAGACUAUGCACCCAGUAGAAUCAGUAAUAAUAAUAAUGAUAUAACAUUAGAUUCAAGUUCAACUCCGUCACUAAUGUCCAAUUCAUGGAAAGAACAAUUUCAAAAAGUAUUUGAUAAUCUUCAAACGUCAACUUCUCGUUCUUACCGCAAAACUAUUAAUCCACCAUUAGAUGAUACAUUACCAUGUGAAUUAUUUGAAAAACUAUAUGGCAUGGGACAUCAUUCUGAUUCACAUGAUUGUGGUAGUGCGAAUAAUACAGAACUAAAACGUUUAAUGCAAUCAUCAAAUAAAAAUGUACAUAGGCGAGGUUCAUUAUCCAGUAUUGCCUCCUCGAUGAAAUCAAAAAAAUAG